AUGUACGAGGCAGCAGCAAAAGAGCAGAUCACAAAACUGGAGGUGGAAGUCAAAGUAGCCAACGCUCAACUGCGCGAGAUUACGUACGUGAACAAAGACAACGUCUCUCAGAUCGAACACCUCACGAGAACAAUAUCGGAAUCGGAGAAAGAAGCCACAGUCCUCAAGACUCGCAUUAAGGAGUCCCAACUGCACGUGGUGGAGCUCCAGACCGAAAGGGAAGACCUGCAACGCAACCAAAACGAGCUCAGCAUUGCCAAUUCGACCUCAAAGAACGCGGUCACUCGGUUCAUCCUGUCACUGCAGAACAUGUUGGCACUUGUCAAGCUGGAUGAAUUUCCACUGGAUGAGGCGAUACGAGAGCUAUUACUUAUGGUUCAGGAUACGUUUGGACAAGAGUUGAAUCUCGACUACGUGCUGUGUGACGAUGACAAACCGGUGGAUAUCGAGCUUGAGGUUCAAGAAGACGUCGCUGAAGAAGAAGAAACGAGUCGACAAAAACGAGCUGAAGCCCGUCGACAAGGUAUCAUCAGUAUCGAAGGCUGCGAAGACGAAGACGAAGAAGAAGCCAAGGAAGCGUCAGAAGUUGCACAGCGGGAGAUCGUCCGCAUGAGUCGGUUCCGAAAGAGCAAGCUGGACCACCUUGUGAACAAACUGCAGCGUGAUAUAGCGCUCAAGGCGGAUCUGAUCACGAAUCUGGAGAGUGUUGUGGUGGAACAGAACCGACAGAUCUCUCAGCUGACGACAACCACGAGACAACAGACACGUGUGAUCAUGCAGCUCGAAUGCCACAAAGGAAUGUUACAGUCUGAUCUGGAGAUGACGACGCUAUCGCUAUUCGAAGCUCGUGCGGGGAAACAAGCUGUGCAGUUCACGUUGGACCAAGUCCGAAUCGACCACGUGUUACGUGCAAACCGCGCGUUUCAAGUGGAAGUGGCUUUGGCAACACUACGACGCGAGUUUGACAUGCAGGUGAUCGCUUAUGAAGACCUUUUAGCCAGAAUAGGGCGAAAAUACGAGCACGAUGAGUACAUGCGCUCGCUACGGCGUAACAAAGAGGCCCAAGCUACUGUGACCGUCACGGAUCAACCGAGUCAAACGCUGGUUCCUCAACGGAAUCCUGCCUUGGAGCGGCCUCGAGUAUCGUCACAGUACAUACCUGCAGACGCCACAGGAUCGUCGGAGACCUUACUCCAGAAGAUUAGUAGAGCCACACGAGAACUCCUACCUGGAGUGGCCAAUGAGAUGGACCUACAUUUCAGUGUUGGGAAGCAGAAGCGAGCGUCAAAGCAGCAGUACAAAAGCAGUCUGGUGAGACCCCUCGCUUCCAGUCCUCGAAGUAGUCGCACGCAACUCCGAGCACAAGCCAGUCAAGACGAAAGCAGACGGCGACAUCCUGGAAGGCGGAGCCAUGCGUCCACCACUAGUGAGGCCGGGACUUCUACACUUCCGCUGCUUGAUGACAAAACUGGUGGAGCGGGGUCGCCGUCGCAAAUAAUUUACCACGUGAACGAGUUUGGUACUAAGCAGAAUGUACUGGUGUCUCCUGCAAGGUCCCCAUACUUCGGAGAACAGUCUCCUAGCCACUCAUCAUCUCCUCGGCCUCCGGCCACUCAGAAUCCCCACGUACGUAAACCAGUACCACCUAAGAUGAACGCCAAAAAACGACCUCAGCUCCAUCACUUGCAACUCGAUACACGAUACGAAGAACGGCACCAGUACUCUACGCUACAACCGCAACUUCGUUCGAGCUGGAAUGGAAGUUUUACGUGCCACUGGAUCAACCAAUAG